UAUUUACUCUAAUAAGAUGUUUGAUCCAAAACAUGUAUGUGACGAAAACUUAUCAGAUGAGCUCUUGAGUGAAGAUGUCUCUUCUUCUAAAGUUAAAAUCUCUGACAAAAUCAUUGUAAACAUGGAGAGAAAGUCGAUUAGCUGGAGGAAAGGAGAUACUGAGAGAAAGCUCAGCAACUGCUCAUUAGAGUCUAAGCCAAAUACUUCUGCUUCUUUUCUUACAAUUUUUGAAUCAAAAACUGAUAAAAGAGAGAGAUUUACCAUCGACGAUAAACCUCACGAAUCUUUAGAUUUUACUAUCCUUGAAGAUAAAAAGCAUAAUACAAACCUUCUUAAGCCUCAACGUUCUCUAAAGAAGGAUAUAAGUCACUUGCUCAGACUUGCAGCUGCUAUCAGAAAGGAAAAGGAGAAUCUAAACAUCAAAGAGAAUAUAAAGAUGGAGCACAUUCCUUCUUCUGAAGACUUCUCCUGAUGUAGGACUAUAACAAUGAAGGAUCUUAAUCCGUAUGCUUCAUGGUGUCAUAAUUAAUUUAUCUAAAUAAAGUUCUAU